GCGCAUGCGCACGAAGAAUCGCGUGGAAGAAAAUCCAAUUUCCUGACAUCACUGUAUAAAAAUACGAGUAAAAGUUUUAAAGUAUAAACUCAUAUUCACCACGUGGGUAAACCGUUACCAUGGCGACUAUUGCAACGACAAAAGUUCAAGAAGUUCGUGAAAUCACAAGAAUUGAACGUAUUGGUGCUCAUUCUCAUAUUAGAGGUUUAGGAUUAGAUGAUGUUUUGGAAGCUCGCUAUGUUUCUCAAGGUAUGGUUGGUCAAACUUCGGCUCGUCGGGCUGCCGGUGUUGUCUUAGAGAUGAUAAAAGAAGGAAAAAUAGCAGGACGUGCUGUUUUAUUAGCAGGUCAACCUGGUACUGGUAAGACUGCUAUUGCCAUGGGAUUAGCUCAAGCUUUAGGAAUUGAUACUCCUUUCACAUCCAUGGCUGGAUCUGAAAUUUACUCUUUGGAGAUGAGCAAAACAGAAGCUUUAACUCAAGCUAUAAGAAAAUCUAUAGGAGUUAGAAUAAAAGAAGAGACUGAAAUAAUAGAAGGCGAAGUAGUUGAAAUUCAAGUUGAUAGACCUGCUACAGGUGUUGGUGCUAAAGUUGGAAAAUUGACAUUAAAGACUACAGAAAUGGAAACAAUUUAUGAUUUAGGAAAUAAAAUGAUUGAUAGUUUAAUGAAAGAGAAAGUGCAAGCUGGUGAUGUUAUCACGAUUGACAAAGCAACUGGAAAAAUAAAUAAAUUGGGACGUUCAUUUACGAGAGCUCGUGAUUAUGAUGCAACAGGAUCACAAACAAGAUUUGUACAAUGUCCUGAAGGCGAAUUACAAAAGCGAAAAGAAGUAGUUCAUACUGUCACUUUACAUGAAGUUGAUGUUAUAAAUAGUAGAACUCAUGGUUUUUUGGCAUUGUUUUCUGGUGAUACUGGUGAGAUUAAAUCUGAAGUAAGAGAUCAAAUAAAUGCUAAAGUUGCUGAAUGGCGUGAAGAAGGAAAAGCGGAAAUAGUACCAGGAGUAUUGUUUAUAGACGAAGUCCAUAUGUUAGAUAUUGAAUGCUUUUCCUUUUUAAAUCGUGCAUUAGAAAACGAAAUGGCUCCAGUUGUUAUUAUGGCAACAAACAGAGGAAUUGCAAGAAUUAGGGGAACUACUUAUAAUAGUCCUCAUGGCAUUCCCAUUGAUUUACUUGAUCGAAUGAUUAUUGUCCUUACAACUCCAUAUCAAGAAAAGGAAUUGAAAGAAAUUUUGAAAAUCAGAUGUGAAGAAGAAGAUUGCGAAAUAGCAGAAGAUGCAUUGACUGUGCUUACAAGAAUUGCUUUAGAAGCAUCUUUGAGAUAUGCUAUACAAUUAAUUACAACUGCAUCUCUUGUUAGUCGACGUAGAAAAAGUACAGAAGUUAGUAUAGAUGAUGUUAAACGAGUUUAUUCUCUAUUUCUCGAUGAAAGUAGAUCAACACAAUUUCUUAAAGAAUAUCAAGAUGGUUUCAUCUUUAAUGAAUUACCUGAAGAACCAAUGGAAAUUGCAUAAAAGUAUGUUGUUAAACUUAUUCAAUUAUAAUUAAUAAAUCGAUUAUCUAUUAA